AUGUGCCUAAUAGGCUAUCGAAUAGUUCCGAAACUGUUUCUACUCUCCCUCACUUCAGUCGUUUAUUGCAAUGUAGAGGACUGGCUUUUUCCUUCUCCCGCAGCCCGCAUCUACACUACCGAACAAAAAGGAUCUUAUUUUGGAUACUCCGUUGCCAGCUAUUCGGGUCAGUCCAAACCCUUUUGCCUAGUCGGUGCUCCAAAUGCGCGCAAGGACUUCGAGGACUUGCUUGGGCCACCGGAGCCGCAGAAUGCUGACUCGUUAAUUGAGCAGAUACAUGGCAAGUCUCCUGGCUCAGUGUACAGGUUGGAUCUGGAUCCCUCCUACCCCGACUGCGACGUGAUGCCGAUUGCUAGUAACAACGAGGAUCGGCGACAGCAUGGCACUUUAGAGCCAGGUGGUAAGCACUUCCAGUAUUCCAAGAAAGCUUCUUCAUGGGCCAAAUUUGUCGCCGUGAUCUACAUGUUAGUAAAUCUGCGUUCGGAUCAGUUCUUCUCACGUGACCUACCUGUAAGAAGAACUGCCAUGAUUGAGCUCACUGCAGCUGUGCUUAUACAGGUCAAAACUCAGACCAAGACUCCUACUCUGUUGGAAUUGCAUUCCACUCAAUUUCAGCUGCCCGUUGCUUUAUCAGAUGGACUUGGCAUGAGACUGGAAACCGCAACUUCCAUGAUGCGGAGUGACGUUAAAACAGAUGUCACGCGCGAUUUCGGUUUCGUUUCCUUAUGGAUUGGUGGAUUGGUUGCAGCCACUAGUAGCGGAGACGAUGGCCUUCAGUUGGGCUGCGACCCGCGUUAUCUCUACACUCCCUCAAUGUCCAACAACUCCCUACCCGGCAUCGGCAUGCAGAACAUGGGAACGGGAACCUGUGCACUUUACACAGGUGUCUCCAUGCAGUACACUCCAAUAGAUGCCUGUGUGAGCAUGGAGGAAGGAACUUGUCUCUCUGGUUUUAGCGGAGCCAUGGAAGCAGACAUUCUCCUCUCACCACCUUCAUAA